AUGGCUGCUGAGAACCACACAUUGUUUACGGACUUCAUAUUCUUAGGGGUUUCUGACAGAAAAGAUGUGCAGCAGGGACUCUUUGUGCUGUUUCUCCUGGUGUAUGGCAUAACUGUGAUCGCAAAUCUAGGGAUGAUCCUACUGAUCAAGGUGGACCCUAGACUUCACACCCCCAUGUACUACUUCUUGAGCAACCUGUCCUUCUGUGAUGUGUGCUACUCCUCCACUGUCUCUCCCAAGAUGCUGGCUGACUACUUAGCUGAGCCAAAGAGGAUUCCUUAUAACAUGUGUGCCAUCCAGAUGUAUUUUUUCGGGGCAUUUGCUGAUGUGGAUUGCCUCUUGUUGGCUGUUAUGGCCUAUGACCGUUAUGUAGCUAUUUGCAAUCCACUCUUUUAUACAAUUGCCAUGUCUGGGGGGAUCUGUACCCGGCUAGUGGCUGGUGCUUACAUUGUAGGGUUGGUGGAUUCGGCAAUCCACACAUGCUGCACAUUUUGCCUUUCAUUCUGCAAGUCCAAUGUUAUCAAUCAUUUUUUCUGUGACGUCCCCCCCUUACUAGCCCUCUCUUGCUCAGAUACGUCCAUUAAUGAGAUUGUGAUGUUCACUUUUAUUGAGUCUGUUGUGGGGUGCAGCAUGGUAAUGGUCCUUCUAUCCUAUUGCUAUAUUAUAACAACCAUUCUUAAAAUGAACUCCACUGAGGGGAGACGCAAAGCCUUUUCAACAUGUGCCUCACACUUAACCGCGGUGGCUAUAUUCCAUGGUACACUCUUGUUCAUGUACUUCCGACCAAGCUCGAGCUAUUCAAUGGACACGGACAAAAUGGCUUCUGUGUUCUACACAGUUGUGAUCCCUAUGUUAAACCCACUCAUCUAUAGCCUGAGAAAUAAGGAUGUGAAAGGUGCACUCAAAAAAACAAUGAACACUAAAUUAUGUUCUGGAUAA